UUUACCCUUCUUUUUCACUUCUUUUGAUUAAUACUUCUAAUGGAAAAAAUUCGCGAGAAAAUUAACUCCAUUCGUGCUGAAGCCGAUGCUGCUAUUGCCAAGGCAGAGGCUUUAGAAGCUAGAGUUAAAGAACUUGAACAGGAACAAACACAGAGUGAACGAGAGAUUGUUUCUUUAACAAACAGAAACAAACAGCUUGAAGAUGAUUUAGAAACUGCUCAUGAAAAAAUUAAGGAAUUAAAAGGAAAUGAACAAGAGGGAAGUGACUUGAAGAAGGAGUAUGAUAAUGCCAUGCGUAAGAUUUCUAUACUUGAGCAAGAACUAGAGGACUCUGACAGAGCCCUUGGAGAGACAACAAAAAGUCUUCGUGAGUCGGACGUGAAGGUUGAGCAAUAUGAAAGACAGAUUCAACAAUUGACUCAAAAGUUGGAAGAAAAGGACAGGACCAAUGAAGAGCUUGUAGUCAAGAACAAAGAACUAAAAGAGCAAUUGGAAGAAUUCAACACCAUGUUGGAGUCAAUGUGAUCUAAUAAACUUUUUUUUUCUGUCAUAUUCUGCGCUGUUGUAAUUAUGCAAAAAGAGAGAAAGAAGGGUCGAAUCUGAUAUGAACAUGUAUUGAAUAUAUACACUGUGUUCUUUUUAUUUUAUAUAUGC